AUGCUUCCCAGAUCCCAAAUGGCCAUACAACUCACGCUUCUACUCAUUUCGUGUAGCCUUUACAGUAUGUAUUCCUCUUCUUCUUUCUCCACGUCCUCCUCUCUUGCAUUGCUGGUGCUGGUUAUCUCCACCUGCCUCUCCUUGCUCUUCUCAAACCUCAGACAACUGGUGAGAACCAGCAGCCACAAAGCUUCCAUGGAGGUGGUUGCUCAUCAGGAGAAGAGCACUGUGCCACAAGAUGAGGUGUCCGAGGAUGCGCUGGAGGAUUCGGCUGGAAGCCUGUCGGGGUCUUCAGAUUGCCAGGUCAGCGAAGAGGGGACUGAUGAAGUCUCGGUGUCUGAUGACGACGACGAUGAGAGUCUUAUUGAGAUCUCCCUUGUUGAUGGGUACUAUGUGGGGCAAGAGGAGCAAUGUCUCUGGAAGAAGGAGCAAGACCUCCUCGCCGACUUCCUGCCGGAGUUCGCUCUUGACAGGAGGGACUUCAUAGACAUCUUGUCGGAGAUCAGUGAGGAGGAAAACAUGAUUGAGAUUGACAUUGCAAGGGGCUCCAUCAAGUGCGCAAACUUCAGCAUCAAAGCAUGA